AAUUCGGAAAAUGAGAUGGCGCAGUUCGAGACGUAAUUUUUCUACAGCGUUUUAUAAUAAAAUUUGAAAAAAUUCACCCACCCGAAGGCCGGUAUGAAAAAACAUUUCAGCAGUGGAAAUUUUCGAUACCUGUUCGAUAUUUUUUAUCCUUAUCCGAAGUACGAGUUCGAAUAGUCGCGACGUUUCAAAGUUCCGGGUGUUUUGGCAAAAAAUGAAAGUGCGGAAGGGCAAACUCUUAUAGCAGCAAGUUGUUUUGUUCACUUUAUUAGAGCCAUGAAAUAACGGCAUCUAAACUUGUGCGUUAAUUAGUGUUUUAAAUCAAGUUCAAACAAAAAUAUAAUUCCGACACGAAGUACAGGCAACCAACUGUGCACUUUUCUCUCAACCCGUUUCCGAGCAUAUCGAUUUCCUCACCCAGCAGCAGCCGCCGACGUCCUUCCGAGAUGAAAAUUAGCCGUCCGCAGGAAAUGGCGCCGGUUUUUCAUUUUAAAUUUCGUCAAAAAUAACGUGAGUACAUCAUUCUUCGCGGGCGUUCGCCAGUGGUCAGAAUCUCGUUGCAAGUUAAAAUUCGUACUAAAAUAAUCGCGCAGCGGCUUAAAAUGAUGUUGGGCCGUAAACAGAGCCUCAAAGGCGAGCCCGUGUUGGCCGAUUACGGGCCCGACGAAGCCCUAAACGAAAGCGCCGACAUCGAAUGGGUCAACAAGAGAUGGGUCAGGCGCUUAAUGCGGACCUGCGCUCUCCUCAGCUUGUCAUCGGUGUGCUGCAACACGCCGAGAAGUUUCGAACGUUUCCCCCACAUGCAAAUGAUCACCUUCAGUGUGGACGCGACCGUCACCGUGCUCUUUACGUCUGAAAUGAUCGCGAAGAUGCACAUCCGGGGCAUCUUAAAGGGCGAGAAGCCCUACCUGAAAGACCACUGGUGUCAGUUCGACGCUAGCAUGGUGUUUUUCCUGUGGAUCUCGGUGAUACUGCAAAUUUUCGAAAUAUUGGCCAUAGUGCCGACGUACUCGUAUCUGUCGAUCUUGCGCGCGCCCAGGCCCUUAAUCAUGAUUCGUUUUCUGCGUGUGUUUUUGAAAUUUUCCAUGCCCAAAUCCCGUAUCAAUCAGAUUUUCAAACGCUCGAGUCAGCAAAUCUACAACGUAACCCUCUUCUUCCUCUUCUUCAUGUCCCUCUAUGGCCUGCUCGGGGUGCAGUUCUUUGGCGAAUUGAAAAACCACUGCGUAACCAACAACACCAAGAGUCCCAUGGACGUCACCAUCAACAGCCUCGCGAUACCGGACACCUUCUGCUCGCUGGACCCUUCUUCGGGCUACCAGUGUCCCGAGGGGAUGAAGUGCAUGAAAAUGGACGAGGUCUCUAGGUACAUCAUCGGGUUCAACGGUUUCGACGAGUUCGUGACGAGCUUCUUCACCGUUUACCAAGCCGCCUCGCAAGAGGGCUGGGUGUUCAUAAUGUACAGGGCGAUCGAUUCUCUGCCGCAGUGGAUGGCGGUUUCUUACUUUAGCACUCUCAUCUUCUUCCUCGCUUGGCUGGUGAAGAACGUUUUCAUAGCGGUGAUCACCGAGACUUUCAACGAGAUACGGGUGCAGUUUCAGCAGAUGUGGGGACCUCGGGGGCAUAUCAGCAACAGUCCCGCCUCGCAGAUCCUAAUCGGCGAUGACCGCGGCUGGAAACUGGUCACCCUCGACGACAACAAACAUGGCGGUGUUGCCCCCGACUUUUGCCAAAAAGUAUUGCAAAGCCCCUAUUUCCGCACCCUCGUUAUGGGCGUCAUACUGGCAAACGCGAUCGUCACGGCGUCCAUGCGUUUCAAGCACGACGCGAGACCAAGGCAAGUGUUCUACGAAAAGUACUACUACAUAGAAUUGGGGUUCACGGUUCUGUUAAACCUGGAGGCGCUGUUCAAAAUAUGGUGCCUCGGACUGAGAGGUUACUGGAAACAUUCGAUCCACAAGUUCGAGCUGCUUUGCGCCAUCGGCACCACCAUCCACGUUAUUCCAGGUUGCUACAUGACGGGCUUUACGUUCUUCCAAGUAUUGCGCGUGGUGCGAUUGAUUAAAGCCUCCCCCCUCCUGGAAGACUUCGUUUACAAAAUCUUCGGCCCGGGCAAGAAGCUGGGCAGCCUCAUCAUCUUCACUAUGUGCUUGUUGAUAAUUUCGUCGAGCGUCUCGAUGCAGCUAUUCUGCUUCUUAGACUUCACCAAGUUCGAAACAUUCUCGGAAGCGUUCAUGUCCAUGUUUCAAAUCUUGACACAGGAGGCCUGGGUCGAGGUUAUGGACGAGACGAUGCUGCGCACGCCUUCGAUGAUCGCUCCUCUGGUGGCGUUUUAUUUCAUCAUGUACCAUCUGUUCGUCACUUUGAUCGUAAUAAGCUUGUUCGUCGCCGUCAUCUUGGACAACCUGGAGCUUGACGAGGACAUCAAGAAGCUGAAGCAGCUCAAGUACAGGGAGCAGAGCGCCGAAAUUAAAGAGACUCUCCCUUUUCGACUUCGCAUCUUCGAAAAGUUCCCAGACAGCCCUUUGAUGGUCACCUUGCACAAAGUGCCGUCGGAUUUCAACCUUCCGAAGGUUAGGGAGAGUUUCAUGCGCCAAUUCGUCUACGAGACUGAGGACGAUGAAAAUUCCGAAACGGGAACCAAACGUCUCACUGCCGAGGAAAUGUUCGACUCGAAGAUAGUGUACAGGAAGCAGAAGCCGAUCCCCAUCUUGAACAGGUUGCCCAAAGUGAGGAGCGUCGACAUCAAACUGAAGAAGACGACGGUGUCUCACAUAAUAAGCGAUUCUAAUAACCAACGGUUGAUGUUGGGCGACUCUUCGAUAAUCCCAGUGCCGGGGAGCAAAGGGCCAUUGAAGCAACAAGGCACAGUAAACAGUGUCAAACAGUUACGUAUUGACCACAAGAAGUUCGGGUCUAGGUCGAUCAGAAGGUCGGUGAGGUCGGGUUCGAUCAAGCUGAAACAGACCUACGAGCAUCUGAUGGAGAAUGGAGACAUCGGGGUCAACAGAGUGACGUCGAACAGGGCGAGACCUCAUGACCUCGACAUCAAGCUCUUGCAGGCCAAGAGGCAACAGGCCGAGAUGAGAAGGAAUCAGCGGGAGGAAGAUUUGCGGGAGAACCAUCCCUUUUUCGACACCCCUUUGUUCGCUGUACCGAGGGAGAGCAGGUUUCGGAAAUUCUGCCAACUUAUAGUUUACGCCAGGUAUGACGCGAGGCUGAAAGACCCAUUGACGGGGAAGGAGAGGAAAGUGCAGUACAAAACCAUGCACAAUUUUCUUGGUUUGGUUACGUACUUGGACUGGGUGAUGAUCACCAUGACGACGUUGUCGUGCGUGUCGAUGAUGUUCGAGACGCCGCACUAUCGUGUCAUGGAGAACGUCAGCCUCCAAAUCGCCGAAUACGGGUUCGUGAUUUUCAUGAGCAUCGAACUGGCUUUGAAAAUUUUAGCCGACGGGCUGUUUUUUACCCCCAAAGCGUAUGUCAAAGACGUCGCCGCCUUGUUGGACGUGUUCAUCUACCUGGUCACCCUGACGUUCUUGUGUUGGAUGCCUAAAAGCGUUCCCCCUAAUUCGGGCGCGCAGCUUCUGAUGAUACUCAGGUGUCUGCGACCGUUGAGGAUCUUCACGUUGGUCCCACACAUGAGCAAAGUCGUUUCCGAACUUUGCAGGGGCUUCAAGGAGAUCUUGCUCGUGUCCACCCUGCUCAUCUUGUUAAUUUUUAUCUUUGCUUGUUACGGAGUCCAGCUAUACGGCGGGCGAUUGGCGAGGUGCAACGACCCGAGCAUCACCAAGAGGGAAGAUUGCCACGGUAUAUUCCUGAGGCGGGUAUUUGUCACCAAAAUGAAAGUCCAGCCCGGCGAGAACGAGACUUACCCUGCGAUGCUGGUGCCGAGGGUCUGGGCGAACCCGCGUAGAUUCAAUUUCGACAAUAUUGGAGACGCUAUGCUCACGCUCUUCGAAGUGCUGUCGUUCAAAGGGUGGCUGGACGUUCGAGAUAUACUCAUAAAAUCGCUAGGCCCGGUGCACGCGGUGUACAUUCACAUCUACAUCUUUCUGGGUUGCAUGAUAGGGCUGACGUUGUUCGUGGGCGUGGUGAUCGCGAACUACUCGGAGAACAAGGGCACGGCGCUGCUGACGGUAGAUCAGAGAAGAUGGUGCGACUUGAAGAAGCGCCUGAAGAUCGCCCAGCCGUUGCACUUGCCGCCCAGGCCCGACGGCAAAAAGUUUCGCGCUUUCAUCUACGACAUCACCCAGAACAUCAGGUUCAAAAGGGCGAUCGCCAUUUUGGUGUUGAUUAACUCGGCCCUGUUGAGCGUCACCUGGGAGAAAGACGACCCCACCACAGACACCCUCGUUACGGUCUCGAUGGUAUGCACGUUUAUCUUUGUCGUCGAGGUGGUGAUGAAGAACAUAGCGUUCACGCCCAGAGGUUACCUGCAAUCCCGGCGGAAUAGAUACGACCUCUUCGUCACCGUCAUGGGCGUCAUAUGGAUGUUCUUCCACAUAAUGUUCAAGAACGAUCUCACUUACUUCUUCGGGUUCAUGGUGGUGGUGCUGCGUUUUUUCACCAUCACCGGCAAGCACACCACGCUGAAGAUGUUGAUGCUGACGGUCGGGGUAUCGGUGUGCAAAAGUUUCUUCAUCAUUUUCGGCAUGUUCCUGUUGGUGUUCUUCUACGCGUUGGCCGGGACGAUCAUCUUCGGCACGGUGAAGUACGGCGAAGGCAUCGGGAGGAGGGCGAACUUCCAGUCGCCGGUGACGGGGGUGGCCAUGUUGUUCCGGAUCGUCACCGGCGAGGACUGGAAUAAAAUCAUGCACGACUGCAUGAUCCAGCCUCCCUACUGCACCCCCGCCGCCAACUACUGGGAGACCGACUGCGGCAACUUCAUGGGUUCGUUGGUGUACUUCUGCACCUUCUACGUCAUCAUCACCUACAUCGUCCUGAACUUACUCGUUGCCAUCAUCAUGGAGAACUUUUCGCUGUUCUACUCCAACGAGGAGGACGCCCUUCUCUCCUACGCCGACAUUCGGAACUUUCAGAACACCUGGAACGUCGUGGAUAUCCACCAAAGGGGCGUCAUUCCCGUUCGAAGGGUUAAGUUCAUCUUGAGGUUGUUAAAGGGUAGACUGGAGGUUGACCCGCAGAAGGAUCGGUUGCUAUUCAAGCACAUGUGCUACGAGCUCGAGCGGCUUCACAACGGAGAAGACGUGACGUUUCAUGACGUUAUUAAUAUGUUGUCGUACAGAAGCGUCGACAUCAGGAAAGCCCUCCAGCUGGAAGAACUGCUUGCUCGCGAAGAGUUCGAGUACAUCAUAGAGGAGGAGGUGGCGAAGCAGACGAUACGUACCUGGUUAGAAGGAUGCCUGAAGAAGAUUCGUUCGACCAGCAAGCAACACAACAGCCUUAUAGCAGGUCUGAGGGCCACGAACGAGGCGGUGCCCGUGGCGGAUCCUGCAGAGGAACACAAGAACGAUUCGCCGCAGAAGGAACAAGAGCACGAGACCAAAGAGAACGAGCCUGCCAGGAAACAGAAGGUCGCCUUGCCCAGGUCCGACAGCAUCGGCAGCAAUUCGGGCAGGAAAUAUCUGGCUCCCACGUUGUCGGACCCUUCGGCGAGGCAAGAAAAGGAGAGGGUGACGACCACUAAGAAGAAGAACAGCCGCCAGAACACGCCGGUGAAUAAAAACGUGACGCAUCCGCAUUUGAUCGAGAACGAACCAUGCAAACCGCCCAAAGAGGUUCAGAUCAGCAAGUCCUCGCUGCCGAAGACGUCCAACGCGAUGCAGGAGAUUCGGGACUGGUGGACGGACCAGCUCGCUUACGUUUCCCAGUCCAGUGACGAGGAGUGAUAUAGUUUUGUAGAGCGGCCAAAUAAAAUUUCGAAU